AUGGACUGGUUCCUUCGCUACUGGACGAUCACGGUGCCCAGCAAGACGCCGUUCGAGGUCGCGGGCGAGCUCUGGCUCUUCACCUUCCCGUCGCCGUGCGGCAACGGCGAGCUCAUGACGUGGCGCGGCCUGCGCUUCCACCGCUGGCACUUUGUCUGCGGCAUGAUGUACGCCUACGUCAACCUCGCAGGCACGCUCGAGCUGCUCUUCUUCAAGACGGUCACGGCCGAGCACCUCCCGACGACGUACGCCGAGCUCAUCGCGUGCGGCUUCGUCGGCGUCGUUGGCGCCACCGUCGGGCCGGCCCUCGAGCGUCGCCAGCCGCGCGUCGGCAUGAUGAUCGGCAGCGCUUUCUUCAUGGUGGGCCUCGUCAUGAGCCACAUUGCGGUGCUCGUCGAGUCGUACUGGUUCUUCACCCUCGGGUUCGGCUCGUGCGUUGGCACGGGUACGAUCAUCGUCAUGCUCUCGUCGUUCUCGACCGCGCAGAAAUGGUACCCCGACUACCGUGGCAUCGCGAUCGGCGUCACGUGCUCGGGCUUUGGCGUUGGCUUCUCCGGCUGGGCCAUCUUCUUCCUCACUUACCUCGGCGCGGACAACAGCGUCAACACCGCACCCUUAUACACGGUCUUCCUCAUGGUCAUGGCGAUUUGCGGCCCGAUCCUCGCCUUGAGCACCGUCGUGAUGCGGUCGCCGCCGCCCAUGUACAUUGUGAACGGCCUCGACGUGCACUGCAUCGCCGUCGACACGAACCUCCCGGGCGCCGGCUUUGUCCAAGAAGAGUACCUCGACUGCGGCAUGACGCUCGUCAACUACGACGCGAUGCGCGCCGGGUCGCCGGGCACGCAGAGCUACUACUACAAGCAGGUGAAAGCCUUGUCGUUGCUCCAGUGCCUCAUGUCGACGGACUUCCUCCUGCUCUACAUCGCGUUUGCGGCCUCGAUCGCGCCCAACGUCUCCUUCUCGCAGCGCCUCGUGCCGGUCACGGUCACCAUCUUCACGCACGACGACAAUGAGGCGACGUACCGGGUCGCGCAGAACACGAUGAUCGCGUCUGUAGUCGGUCGCCUCAUUGCGCCGAGCAUGUCGGACUUUAUCAUCCGCGUCUUCUACACCAACCCGGCCUUCGCGCGCAAGAUCGCCUUCAUGUUCUUCGUCGGCGCCGAGUGCAUCACGAUCCUCCGCCUCCAGCAAGCCGUCGAAGCGCACAACUUUGCGCAGUACGAGUGGUGCACGACGAUCCUCGCGUUCACUUGCGGCUGCGGCUACGCCACGAUCCCGUGCUUCCUCAUCGACCUCUACGGCGUCUACAACAUGGGCACCAUGUACGGGCUCAUCAUCACGAGCUGCUCGAUCGGCACGAUCGUCCUCGGCUUCGGCACCGAAAACACGUCGCUCGUCGACCCCGUCGUGCUCGUCGAGCACCUCGCGUUCCUCGGCUACUGGCUCAUCGCGGUCUGGUUCAUCAUGUGGCUCGUGCGCACGAGCAGCGACGACCGGUUCUUUCCCGGCUACCAGAUCACGCUCUUCGACAAGGUGCUCGUCCAGAUCCCGUUCGAGUCGCUCAACGACUCGAUGACCGUGAUCCUCCCUGAGCACGACCUCUCGAGCCCGCUCCACCAGCGCGCCGCGUCCUUCUACCAAUUCGAGAGCCACGACGAGGUGCGCGACUCGACCGACGAGUUCGGCGAGCCCAAGCUCGUCUCACUCUUCGACCCGCGCAGCAUGGACCAGACGCCGUCGCGGCCCGUCACCAUCUGA